CACAGUAAGUGGAAGGUUGAGACCCGUUGGCAUGGCUAGUUAGGCAAUCUUGUAUUGCUGCUAGCCACGCUACACCUAUUUGGACAAACAAGUUACUUUAAUUUCUGAACUCCAACAAAGUAAAGACAUUGGAGACAAGAAUGCAGGGACAGAUACACCCAUGAUAAACUGAGCAUAUCUCCUUGGGAAGUUAAGUUAGAAGUUAUCUAAACUUGGCUGUGGUCCUUUCUAACAUUACGUUGCUCAAAGGAUCACCAAGGACAUUUUGAAAAUUUUGCUGUAUGGUUUUCAACCCCUCAGUUUUACCUUACAAGGGUUUCACAUCAGAGAAUACAAAUCUGAUCUGUAAAAUAAAAAGCAAGUGUUCGGAGAGAGAAAUACUUGUCAAAAGCAGAGGGUGGCUGCAGGGAGCUAAUGGAAUUCAGGCAACGAAAGGCUGCAUCAGACAUGCCUGGGCAUGGGGAAUACUAAUACUUCAGACAGAUAAUCUGUAUUUUGCUCACACCCAGCUCAGGCUCCAUUACUGCUCUCAGAGGCUGCAGGAUUUUCAGCUCUCAUCUGGUUAAUUCUCUGUAAAACAUUCACCAUGUUCCUUGCUCAAGCCUUGCUUGGUGGAGGGAGCAGCAGCGGAGGGGGCCUUGCAAGAGGUCUGGGAGGUCUUUUAGCAGGAGGUGGACAAGGAGGAGGGAAUCUUGGAGGACUUGUUGGAGGACUCGUCAACAUUAUCAGUGAGGUAGCAGCUCAGUACAACCCAGAGCCACCCCCAACUCCUCGCAGCCACUUCAUGAACGUGGAAGCCGGCGAGAGUGAGGAGAUCAGUCAGUUCCGCCGACUGUUUGUCCAGCUGGCUGGAGAUGACCUGGAAGUAUGCGCCACCGAGUUGAUGGACAUUCUAAACAAGGUGAUGGCCAGACAUAAAAACCUGAAGACAGAGGGCUUCAGCCUAGACACAUGCCGGAGCAUGGUGUCAGUCAUGGACAGUGACACAACCGGCAAGCUGGGCUUUGAGGAGUUUAAGUACCUGUGGAACAACAUCAAGAAGUGGCAGUGUGUGUACAAAGAACACUACUCCGACCAGUCAGGAACUCUUGGGAGUGCUCAGCUGCCAGACGCAUUCAAGGCUGCAGGGUUCCAGCUGAACGAACAGCUGUACCAGAUGAUCAUUCGCAGAUACUCCGAUGAAAACGGGAGCAUGGAUUUCAAUAACUUCAUCAGCUGUUUGGUGCGACUGGAUGGCAUGUUCCGUGCCUUCAAAUCCCUGGACCAAGAUGGAGACGGCCUGGUGAACAUGAACAUUCAAGAGUGGCUGCAGCUGACCAUGUACUCCUGAGGGAACACACUGGAAUGGAAUACACUCCAACUGUAUGCUCUUGUUUAUGCUGGUGUUAACUAACUGGAGCCUUUCUCCUUCUUCAAGAGCAACUGUUUGUCAAGUCAAGCAAGCUUUGUUGCUAUGAAAGAGCACACACAAUGCUUAAAAAACCCUUAGUUUAUUGUGAAAUGUUUGGUUUUUUUCUACUUCAUACGUUUUACAGUUGUUUGGAUUGCUGAGGGGCUACCAAAUGGAGCAUUUCUUGAGCUGUGCAAGACUCUGGGUCUGCGCACACAUGCAUAUGAGUACCUAUAAUAGAAAACUAGAUUUGGGUUCAAAAAGGAGAGAAUGGUGAUGGGAAGAGUAGUUGUUAAGGCUUUCGUCUCAUAUAGUGUGUUGGCGGCUAGUGGACGUAUACCUAUAAUACAGAAUACAUUUCUGAUUUUUUCUUAAGACUGGGGUUGUUUUUGAUGACUGUUUUGAUUUUUAUGUGUUUAUCUAUCAGUGCUUAUUUUGCUGGAGGCAGAUGCUGUGCUUGCCUGUAGGGAAAUUGCUAGUAAAUAGAGGUGUAUUGAUUUCUAAUUUGUAAGGAAUUAUUUGUAAUGGGGAAAAUAAAUUGGAGUAUUAAUUAUUAUAAUAA